AUGCACGAUCUUCACUUCUCCAAUGGCGCCUUCUGCUUGAUUGUGAUCCGAGUGGGCUUCUUUCCUUUCUGGCGUCUGAUAACGACUUGGUGGCCUUUUGAUGAUCAAUUGUUGUUUCCUGGGUGUGUUUUUGAACCAUGUUUGAGUGAUUGGAUCGAGAAUUUGUUCAUGGAAAGUAGCAGAAAGAAGUCUGGUGGUGUUGAAAUUCCCAAGAGAAAGCGUUCUUUGGAUCUAAAGGGUGACUGUGAAUCUCAAUUUUCCAAGCCGGGAGUGAAUAAGAGGAAAGUUUCCAGUGAACAUGAUCAGGUAGACGUUAAUAAGAAGAAGAGGAAGAUCCCUAAGGAGAAAUCAGGUGCCAAGCUCAAAUCACUGCACAAUGCCUCAUUACCUUUGGGAGAUAAUGGGAAUUCAUUUCACAUCCCUAAGCGGCCACGUGGUUCAGUAGGGCGGAAAAGGCCUGAAAGUGAUCAAGGAUCUGAGUCACUCAAACUUUCCAGUUCCGUUGAUUGUGUGGGAUCACUUGAGGGAGCGACUAAAUCAAAUAAUAAGGUUGGCUCUGAUGUCCAAUCGGUUAGGCGGACUACCCCUUUUGUAAGCAACGGUGACAUGUUGAACUCAAGAUUAGCCGGUUCAAAUGCUAAACGCAAGAAGAAGGCUGUUUCCAAAUCCACCGAGGACUCCAAUAGUUCAAAUGUGAGACUGAAUCAGAAGGCGGGAUAUGAUAGUGUCAACAAGAAAAGAGAUGAGCAUUUAGUGAAUCAGAAGGCGGGAUAUGAUAGUGUCAACAAGAAACGAGAUGAGCAUUUAGUGAAGCAAGAAAAUCGUGUUGUAAAUAAUGUAGAUGCGUCUAGGAAGAAAAAAGACUUAGACGUCAGUAUGGAUCGUGUUGAUGCCUCAGUUAAGGAACCUGUACCUGCAGCACGUAGUUCGGUCUCAAAUAGUCUCUCCACCAAUGCCCUGGAUGAUGAGGACGAUGAAGAUGAUGAGGAGAACCUUGAACAGAAUGCAGCUAGGAUGCUUUCUUCUAGAUUUGACCCUAGUUGCACUGGUUACUCAUCAAAGGGAAAAUCUUCAGCAUGUCAAACGGCUAAUGAAUUGUUAGGUAACUCGAUCAGUCCAAAUGUGGAGUCUGUUGCUGGUGAUGAUAACAUGAGAUCACUUAGACCCAAAAGAGGAGAUGGCGGCAAGGUAUUGUCAAAGAAGCGCCGACAUUUCUAUGAGGUCCUCGGCCAGGAUGUGGACCCUUACUGGGUUUUGAAACGGAGGAUCAAAAUAUUUUGGCCAUUGGAUGACUGUUGGUAUGAGGGCAUUGUGAACAAUUACCGCACUACAGAAAAGCUUCAUCACAUAAAGUACGAUGAUAGGGAUGAAGAGUGGGUUAAUCUUGAAGAGGAGAAAUUUAAGCUCUUGCUUCUACGUAGUGAGAUUCCGGGAAAAGCUAAAUCUCAAAACCAAUUUUCUAGGGACAAAGAUUUAAACAAAGGACAAUUAGUUACUCGGGCAGAUGAUGAAAGCAGCAUAGGGAACUCUCUUGAUUCAGAACCUAUUGCAUUGUGGCUGGCCAGUCAAUCUCAACGUGUGAAGGCUUUGCCCAAGUCCCUGAAAAGACUAAAAACAUCAGAAUGUGACUUUCCUUUUGUCUCAUCAUUGGCAUCUGAGAAAGCUGACAUCUGGAAUGAUGAUAUGCAUGGUUCAGAAAUUACUGGAAAUAGAACGAAUUGUGAGUGUGCAUCAGCAGAUAGUUCACUCGGUGACAAAUCUCUGUCGGGAAUUAUGUCAAAAAGUGACAAGCAAUUGGUUUAUGUCAGGAAGAAGAAUCAGAAGAAAUUUGCAGGAAGUAGUUCUGUGCUUAGAGAUGCCAAAAUAUGUAAUGGUGCUCAAGAGCCUGCUACUCCUCUUGCACCUGAUGCCGUUUACUUGCAGACUAGUAAAUUGGAUAGGUUGAAUUGUUGUGGGCAUGUCAACUCUGACAAUGAAGUUUCCUCGUUUGAUGAUAAAGACAAACUUGAUUUGUAUAAUACCUUGCUGGAGCCUAAAGAACCUAGAAUCUGGAUAUGUGUACCCUUAUUAUCAUAUACAGAGUUUUCAUGUAGGAGAAAUUAUUUUUGGGUGUUUCAUGACAUAUUCUGGCUUCAACAUGGAGUGAUCGUGACUACCUUUUCUUCUGUUUUCUUUGAGAUGGUCCUCAUAGAUAGUAAUCUUGACUUGAGAGUUCUCUUUUAUGAAGGCUGCCUGAAACAAGCUUUAGCCAUUGUUUUCGAAAUUUUGAGGUUCUUGGAUCAAUAUGAUGAACAGUGGAAUGGAGACAAGAAAAUACCUGCCAUGUCAAUUAUGUUCCAAAUGUCCAGUGUUCAUAAUCGACGGAAGCAGCAUGUUUCUGCAGCUUAUUGUUUCUCCAAACUCCAGAGAUCAAUGUGGCUUUGCCUGGAAUCAAAGAUUCUGCAACAGUGUCUUCCUGUUAAACAGUUACGCCUUUCUGAGUGCACAGAUGACAACAUAAAGGAACUUGAAUGUCGGAUUCUUCAGCCUCUCGAAUCUCAUGUUGGUUUCAAGCUCCCAUCAAGUGAGGAUUACAAGAAGAAACUCGAGCGGCACCCAGAAGCCUGUAAUGCAAGGAUGAGUAAGUCUCCUCUCAGCUUAGCUGCAGAGCCUGAAAAAGUUUCUCAAUCACCAAUGUCUGUUCUCAACUUGCAUCUCCGUUCACUCAUGCAACAAAGUGUUGCCCGUGAGGAUCUCCAACUUCAGGGUGUUGCUUUCUCAAAAGAGUCCGCUGAACAAAAAUGUGACCAAUCUAUUGCAAAGCGCUCUCAAUUUAAGCCCACCUCAGUCACUGUUCAAGAUAUCCCUUCUGAACAUGAAAUCAGACAAUCAGAUGUGGAUGGCUUUGUUCUAAACACCAGCACUACAGGAUCCAAAAGUUUGUACAGACGUGGUAAAAGCAGCAGAAUAUCUUCUCCUUUUGGAUUUAACUCAUCUGUCUGGUCUAAUGGUAAGCCAAACUUCAUGCCUGGACCCAAAAAGCCGCGCACUCAGGUUCAAUACACAUUGCCUUGGGAGGAUAAUGAUGUCAGCAGAAAGCUAGAAACGCCCAGCUCACGGUCUAUACCUUGCAAGAGGAUUAGGAAAGCUAGCCAGAGGACGCCUGAUGUUACAGGGAAUAAUGAGAAAAAGUUGGAAUUGCUGUCGUGCUCUGUGAAUGUUCUAGUCACCAAUGAAGACAGAGGAUGGAGAGAAUGUGGGGCCCAUGUUUGCUUGGAAGUUGCGAGUGACAAUGAAUGGAGAUUGGCGGUCAAGUUCUCUGAGGUCACGAGAUUCUUGUACAAAAUCAAACAUAUUCUGCAGCCUGGAACAGCCAACCGCUAUUCGCAUGCUAUGAUGUGGAAAGGGGAAAAGGAUUGGGUGCUCGAAUUUCCUGAUCGGGGCCAGUGGACGCUUUUCAAGGAGAUGUAUGAAGAGUGUUACAAUCGGAAUAUUCGUGCGGCCUCCAUGAGGAACAUUCCAAUUCCUGGGGUCCGUUUGGUUGACGAGUACGAUGAUUUUGGGCACAAGGCUCCAUUUAUCCGGAAUCCAACAGGGUAUUUUCGGCAGGUUCAGUCUGAUGCUGAGCUGGCGAUGGACCCUUCCCAUGUUUUCUAUGACAUGGAUAGUGAUGAUGAGCGGUGGUUGAUGGAACAGAAAAAACGUGCCGACAAACAUAAAUGUGAUCACUUAUCUGAUAACUUCUUUGAAAUGGCAAUGGACAUGUUUGAAAAAUUUGCAUAUUCCCAGCAUCGUGAAGACUUCACUGAUGCCGAAGUUGAGGAGCUAGCUUCUGGGGUAGGAUCCAUCGAAGCUGCUAAACUCAUUUAUCAACACUGGAGAAGGAAACGGGAAAAAAUGUGCAUGCCUUUGAUAAGACAUUUCCAGCCGCCUCCUUGGGAGAGGUAUCAAAGACAGAUGAAGGAGUGGGAACAAAAUAUUGCCCGUGGAAAUUGUGCAGAUAAAGAAAAACCACUGAUGUUUGCUUUCUGCUUGAAGCCACGUGGCUUGGAUGUACCUAACAGAGGCUCAAAACAACGAUCUCACAGAAAAUUUACAGUUUCUGGAAAACAUCAUGCUUUCUCAGGGGAUCGGGACAGUCCACUUAUUUAUGGGAGAAGACCACAUGGGCAUUAUGCUUUUGGAGGCAAAAUGUUGUAUACGAACAACGUACAUGAACUUUCUGAUGUUCCACUCUGCCCUUCAGCAAGGAUGUGGUCCCCACAAAACGCGCAUUUAUGGAAAGUUAACCGUAAGGUUUCUAAGAAUAAGCACAAAAGGCUUAUAUCACAACUUUAUUCUCACGGCCAACGGGAGAUUCCCCAUAAUGAGACAACAAUAGGGCACAAAAAUGGAGUCCGGCGAUGGGACUUAAAGCAGCUCGAGAUUUAUGAUCUCAAUGAGUUUCACUUACGUGAUGCGUUGGGUGCUGCUGAGCAUACAUGCAAAAUGGCUAAGUUCAAAAGAGACAAGGCACAAAGUUUGUUUUACAAAGCAGAUUUAGCUAUCCACAAAGCUCUAUCCUCUUUGAUGAAUGCAGAGGCAAUGAGAGAUUCGCCAAUCAACUUGUGCAAUGUCAUUUACAAGCUCAUUGCUAAGAUCUUAGCCAACAGGAUUAAGAAUGUCCUUCACUACUGCAUCUCUUAUGCUCAAUCUGCCUUUGUUCCCGAAAGACAGAUCUUAGAUAAUGCUAUCAUAGCUAAUGAGUGCAUCCAUUAUAUUAAUAGCCGGAGGGCUGGGAAGGAUUGCUAUAUGGUUGUCGAGCUUGACAUGUUCAAAGCUUAUGAUACAGUGGAGUGGGGCUUUCUUGCUAGGUGGGAACCAAACAAGGUGAUGUCACCCUAUCUAUUCUUAAUUGUUACCGAGACAUUCUCUAAUCUGAUUACUCAAGCUAAAAUACCUCCUUGUUCAGAGGGUCAAGGGUUGGUAGAUGACUCAAUCUUGUUUUGCAAAGCUGAUGCUUCUCAUGCUCUUACUAUUAUCAAAAUCCUCAGCGAUCGAGUAUGGUUCAGCCUCAGGUCGGAAUCACUCAUGUUAGAACUGCCCUUAGGGAUAGAUAGAUCCAAGAGAGAGUCAUUCCACUUUGUUAGUGAACCUGUCAAAAACAGAACCUCUAACUGGAAAAAUGUAUACUUGAGAAAACAACAAACUUUUGGUGGGGAAAAAAAAGUGGGUAGGAGUAAGAUUCAUUGGGCUAGAUGGGAUAGGUUGACUGCGUCAAAAGAGGAGAGGGUAAAAGCUUUUAAUGAAGCUUUAACUGUUAAGCAACUCUGUAGGGUAAUUACUAAGCCUAACCUCCUGAUGAGUAGAGUCAUUAAAGGGAGAUAUUUUGCCAAUAAAAAAUUGUUUGAGGUGAAGGCUAGAAAUGGGGGCUCUUGGUUAAGGAAAAGUUGGUUAACAACUAGGGGCUCCUUGAGAUUAGGGAUUAGGUCCAAGAUUGGGGAUGGUAGAUCUGUGGACAUUUGGAAUUCUCCUUGGAUCCCAAAUGUUAAGUCAUUUGAACCCCUCUGCCAUUUCCCUGGGAUUCCCCUCUCUUCUCAGGGGAUGAAGUACAUAUUAGUUUGGCAUUGGGGUAGUUCAAGGAGGUUUUCUGUGAAGUCAGUGUAUGAGUUAUCAGGACCAGAUUCAUCAGAUGUGAAAGAGAACGUAGAAACUCCCUACCAUACUAAAUGUCAACUACUUAAUAAAGGCAUAAGAGGUGAAGUGAUAUGUGAUCUCUGUGUAGAGGAGGAAGAGGAUCCUGUUGGAGGUUGCUUGGCGUUAGCUGGGACAAAAUUAAGGAAGAGGGGAUUGGGCUUAACAUUUGGUGGGAAUCAAUGGGUGUUUGAACAGAGGUGGUGGAAUGUGGAGAGGGUAAAAGAGAGAAAGGGAAAGAGUAGAGUUGAGGGUUCAGUUAGGGAGGUGGUCUUUGGGAAUGAAGAAAACUUCAUCAUAACAGUAAGCCUUUGGUCAAUAGGGAAGGGCUUGUUGGGGUUUGGGGGAAGAAGUUCAGUUGAGGCCAACACCAUAGCAGUCUUGUGGGUUUUGAGGAAGGCAACAAAGCAUCAUAUGAAGAACAUCACCUACAUCCUACACAACAAGAAGGCUGUUGACACCCUCAACAAGUGGAAGAAGCAUGUGGAUUUUGAUGGGGAUGAGCUCAGAAACCCUAUUGCGCUCGUGUGCCUCCUCAUUAUUGAUGCUCCGCCCACCGCAGAGUUGACUGUCUACGAGGCGACCGUCGACUUCUCCGAUGCAUUUCAAGACUUCAUUUGGCACAACGCUGCUCCUUUCAAAGGCGUGGUGGGCAUUCCGACGAUGCGGUGGCUAAGGCGUGAUUGCUGGGCUUUUCGCUUUUGUGGUGUGGGGGAAAAGUUGGCGAUGCGUAGGAAUAAACGGCGCUCAAUUCCGAGUUCGAACGAGCUCAAACGAGGCCAAAACGUGAAGAGGCGCAGUGCAGUCCAAGUCACGAGCCGCGACCGUGCCCGCGACCCGCGACUAGCCCCACGCCCAGCGCGCGCGCCCCCAGCGCCCAGCAUCUCGCGCCUCGCGAAAAAAACAGAGACGCGCAGCCCCAGCGACCCAGGCGACUCGCGAUUCGCGAGUCAACUCGCGAGUCGCGACUAG